AUGCCUGACGGAGGCGGCUGGGCUAUAAUCAAAGCUCUCAUGAAGAAAAUCAAGACCUACGAUAACUGUGAUAUUCAUUGGGAAACGGAAGGUCGGGCCCUUUUGACGGACAGCCGAGGACGCAUCAAUGGACUGCAGGUUCGCCGAGCCAAUGCCCUCUUGGAGAAUUUCUAUGCCCCCGACGUGAUGCUGGCCAGCGGCGGAUUUGAAGGAAGCCAGGAAAUGCUGGCAAAAUACAUCGGUCCGAAGACACAUGAGCUUCAAAUCAUUGCACCCGGUCUCAAGUACAAUCGUGGCCAAGGACUGAAUAUGGCUUUGGAAGUUGGUGCCGACACCGCCGGGUCAUUCGAUAGCAUUCACUCUGAAAUGGUUGACACUCGCGCUACAAAGCCAGAUGCCGUUAUUUGGGGCCACAACUACGGUAUCGUGGUCAACGAGAACUGCGAGCGAUUCUAUGAUGAAGGGAAGCGACAUCUCUUUGCAACCUUUGAAAUGAUCGCGGUUGAACUGUGGCGUGACCAUAAAAACAAAGGAUUCUUCAUCACUGACGCUACUACAAUGAAACGCUUUCGUCCUGGCUGGGUCUAUGAAUCCACAGAUCAAGAGCCUGUUGAAGCAAAUAGUCUCGCUGAAUUAGCGAAAAAGCUUGGUCUAGAGGAGGCCAAGCUUGAGAAAACCAUUACCGAGUUCAAUUCGGCUUGCAAUGACCGUCCUCUGGACCUGAUGAAGCUUGACGGGAAAGCUACAACCGGCCUGAAGGUCAACAAAUCGAAUUGGGCCCAUCCCCUCAACAACCCUCCCUUCUAUGCUUUCCCCCUGACUACCCAAAUCACUUUCACCUUCGGUGGUGUAAAGGUCAACCCUGACUCCCAGGUUUUGACGCCCAACGGUGCGCCUAUUCCUGGUCUCUGGGCCACUGGAGAGCUUACCGGACUUUACUACAAUGGUGCGUUACGAAUUCCUUUCUGUGAUGAGAUUAAGAACUGA